GGUGGGAGGACAGCGAUGGCGCCGUCGCUGCUGCUGCUGCUCCUGCCGCUGCUGGCGGCCGCCGCCGUGUACCUGUGCUGCGUGCGGCGGCACACGGGCAGCGCGGGGGCCCUGCUGCUCCGCCGGGAGCCGCGCCGGGCCGGGGCACCGAGCCCGCCCCGGGACAUCUGGGCCCCGCGGCUGAGCGGCGCCGGGCUGCGCCUCUUCGUCCAUGUGGCCAACACGGCUUUUGGACAGAUCUGCUUAUUGCCAUUCUUAAUGAGACUGAACAACUUCUCGCUUAUGCGUUCACUUGACAUUCAUGAAGAUCCCACGUUUAUCCCAGAGGUUGCUGCGGAGGUUACAGGAGACAAGUCUGAGGCUAAAAGCACUUCAGAUAUUAUCAAGCAGCUGAUAGAUGCAAGGUCUGAUUCUGCUAGGAAUGGGUUUAGCUUCAAAGGGAUCAAAGAUUAUCUGGAGUGCUACCGGAGUGGGAAGCUGACGCCAUCUCAGGUAGCCAAGAACAUCAUUGCUAUGCUGGAGGACUGCGACAAAUCCACGCCCCCGCUCAGAGCAAUAGUGCAGUGGGACCGGGAGCAAAUAAUGCUGAUGGCUGAGGCCUCCACUACUCGUUACAGGAAUAAAUGUACCCUGUCUUAUCUGGAUGGCAUCCCAGUGUGUCUGAAAGAAGAGCUCAAAGUGGUACCUUACCAUCACCGAGCGGGAACAGUGUAUCUUGGGACAGAGCCAGAAACAGAAGAUGCUACUGUGGCCAAGAAGUUGCGAGAGGCUGGGGCUAUCAUUAUUGGGGUCUCAAACAUGCAUGAACUAGGGACUGGAACAACUGGAUGCAACCCUAAUAGGUACCACAAGAUCCCUAGGAAUCCCUACAAGCCUAACCACUUCACAGGUGGGAGCUCCAGUGGAUCAGCAGCAGCUGUGGCAGCAGGUCUCUGCCCGGUGGCUAUUGGCACAGAUGGAGGAGGCUCUGUGAGGAUUCCUGCUUCAUUCUGUGGUGUGGUGGGGCUGAAAGGUACAUUUGGGCGCAUCAGUUGUCAUGGCAGCUUGCCACUCUCCUACUCCACAGUCAGCAUAGGCCCUAUCUGUACGUCAGUGGCAGAUGCAGCCAUUGUUUACAGUAUCCUUGCUGAGCCAGACCCACUCUAUCCAUAUGGACUAAAACAGCCCAAAGCAACCCUAUCUGAUAUGUGUGCUCCUGACCUGAAAGGCUUAAAUCUGGGAGUGGACUGGACAUUUUUUAAGGCAUGUGAUGCUGAAGUCCUGUCCAUCUGCGAGAAAGCGGUGGAGCACCUGCAGAGUUUGGGAGCCAAUGUGGUUGAAGUCUCUCUUCCAGAGAUGGAGGAAGCUCGAGUAGCACAUGUAAUCUGCAUUCUCAGUGAGAUGAGAGACUUCCUGCAAUCUGACUUCAAUAAACAUUUCCAGGAAAUGAAUUUGGACACUCGCGCUAACCUGGCCUUGGCUUGCCAGUUCACAGCUCUGGAUUAUAUUACGGCAAACCGGCAGAGAACUCGGAGCAUGGGAUUUUUGCGAGAGAUCUUCAGCACUGUGAACUGUAUCCUCACACCAGCUGUUCCUUGCACUGCCCCAAGAAUUUAUGAAUCUGACCUCUUGACUGGGUGCAGCGAUAUGUCCUUCACAGUCCAGUCCAUGAGGUUCAUGCAGCUUGGUAACUUCACUGGGAUACCAGGCAUUGUGGUCCCCAUUGGAUAUUCUACUGCUGGGCUUCCUAUCAACCUCCAGGUCAUGGCAAAAUGGUGGGAUGAAGCUGUUCUUCUGAGGAUUGGCCUAAAGCUAGAGCAGUUCCGUUCCCAGACCAAAAAACCAUCCAUUUAUUAUGACAUCCUCGCAUGACAGAGUGACCAAGUUAGGGAUUAAGUCUUUUUUUUUUCCCUAGUCUGACCUGACCAAGUAUUAAGAGUGGACUUGUUUUCAAUGUUUAUCUGAAAGGCUUAGUAGCAGGCUCAUUUGAGGAAUGGGGAUGAACCACUGAUCUAAGCAGGCACUGAUGGUGAGCAGACACAACUUCUGCUCCCUGCUUGUCAGAUGGCCUAGUUUAUACUAGGGAGACCAAAUGUGCUAGUUCCUUGCUUUGUUUUUGCAGGGGAAGCUGCAACUAUCUUCUGCAAUUUCUUCCCACAUAGGGGUCCUGUGUACAGAUGGAAGACAAUUGCAUCUACAGGACUGCAUGCAGGUAGUUCAUACUACUGUACAUGGAAAGGUACAAUCUCUAGGCCUUAAACCUUCCAAUGGAACUUCUCCUGCUCUAGGAUAUAACAAAGGUCCUGUUUUUGAAGGGGAAGGGCAGCGAAUAAUGCCUAGCUCUCUUGGAAUGAGGAGGCUCUUAACACACCUGCAAUCAGGCAGUGUUUGUUUUGGCCCUGUACUUAGUCCCUCAGAGCAAAGCAGAAAUCCCAUAGGUACGGAAGUGUCACUGUGCUUGUCCCUCAUACUGCCAACACUGUGGGUGUGCUCACUGCCUGAGAGUCCUGCCUGCCUUCAGCCUUGCGUGGAAGGGAAGGAAAAAUCAGAGCAGGAAAAAUCAGAGCAGGAACCCUCAUUAACUCUGACCCAAACCCCUGUUUCAGGGUUCUGGCUUUCCUUUGCGUAUCUCUAUUUCCCAAGCUAAGACCUGGUGAGUCUCUUUUCUCCCUCUGGUUGCUUGAGUAUAAACCUACUAUCAUUUAGAUGUCCAAACGGAAGAAACUACUUGAUAAUGCAGAGAAAGUACUGUUCUAAGAGUGCUGAGGCAGCUAUUAGAAACAGCUGAAAUUUGUAGGAAAUGCUACUGUUGCUUGGAAGGAAAGAAGCAGCAGAAAGUAGUUGCAGUUUCUCCCAAACUCAGUAGAGUUUUGGGGUUUUUUUUCCCCAUACCUAUCCACUGUUUAACCAUAGCUAGCUCUUUACUAAUGGCUGAAGUUAAGUCAGAUGGCAUCUGAAUGGAAGAACUUGCACUACCAUCUCCUUAAUUACCUGAGUUAAAGCAUCAACUCCUACCAUCAGCUGUCACCAGCAUCCACAGUUAAAUUAAUUACAUGGUUGACACUGUCUUUGACCUUUAAUUCCUCUGCGAUACUGCCAAAAGUGUUUGUUCUCUAGAUUCUAGUACAGUUUUAUGAGGAAUGGUUUAAAAGCAAAGUAUUUCCUCUGUUAUUAACCAUAAGUUAUUAAACACUGUCAACAUACCUUAGAGUGAAACACUGCUGAAAUGUUAGCAAUAAGGGAGGUGGUAAAUGUUUGACAAGAAUAAAUUUCUGCAAGGAACAGUACUGCUUGAAGAAAAUAGCUGAAUAUUCCUAAUUCUAUGCUAUUGCUCAAGGGCAUAAAGAUGGAUGUCUAAAAUAUUCAUUUACCAUCCUGCUAGGUGAAUCUAUUUAUUUCAAAUCCAUUCUGAAAUUAUUUACUACCCUAAAAUUAUGAUUUGAAUGUUUAGUUCAUUCCCUUGGCAUAGAGAGGGAGCUCAAGUUGCUGGGAGAGGCUAAAGUAAAUAGUUCAUUAUUUUUAAAAAACAAUACUUGCAUCCUGCUAACAGUGGGAAGAAAGAACUAAGAGUUUUUACUGACUGACAGUAACUUAGUCACUCUUUUCACACACUGCUUCCUGCCUUUGCCUAAACGUAUCUCAUCAGUGCACAUUUUCAAUGCAAGACUUUCCUGGUAGUGAGGUUACCAAAAUAAACUUUACUUAUCUAUGUGAAA